CUAGAGCCCCUUGCGCUGCAAAUUUCUGGAUGCCCAGCACCCCCUGCUCACGCAGCUGCUGAAUGCGUGAAGAAGCAGCUGACCAGGAGAGGGGCUCGUAAGCAGCUGCUAAGAUGGGCAUGAGGAUCAAGCUGCACAGCACCAAUCACCCCAACAACCUGCUGAAGGAACUCAACAAGUGCAGGCUCUCCGAGACCAUGUGCGACGUCACCAUUUUGGUGGGCACCCGCUCCUUCGCGGCCCACAAGGCCGUCCUGGCCUGCGCCGCCGGCUACUUCCAAAACCUCUUUCUCAACACGGGCCUGGACGCUGCCAGGACCUACGUGGUGGAUUUCAUCACGCCCGCCAACUUCGAGAAGAUCCUCAGCUUCGUGUACACCUCGGAGCUCUUCACCGACCUCAUCAACGUGGGCGUCAUUUACGAGGUGGCGGAGCGGCUGGGCAUGGAGGAUCUGCUCAAGGCCUGCCACUCCACCUUCCCCGACCUGGAGAGCUCGGCCAUCACGAAACAACCCUCCUUGUCCGUGAGCGAAGGGAGGUCGGGUCCCCUGAGCAGCACCUCCUCAGAGCAGAGCCACUCUUUGGGUGAGAUCCGGGGAGGCGGCGGGGAGCAUUUUGGCCCGGAACGGAAUUACAUCCUCCACGGGGAAGUGUCGGGCAGCUACAAGGAGGAUGAGAGGAACACGGUGAGCGAAGGCAGCCAGACCCUUCCCCUGAUGCACCCGCAGCAGCCUCCCAAAACGGAGCAGGAGUCGGAGCAGGGGCCUUUCCCUCCCGCCGCCGGCGCGGCCCCUCAGCCCGGCCUGGGCAGCGUCAACAUCGUUGUCCAAACCACGGCGAGCUCCUGCCAGCAGUACAAGGUCCAGAGCAACGGUGACUACGGCAAAGGUGUCUUCUUUACCUCUGAUCCUUCCCUGGACGUCUCCGCGGGGAGCAACUCCUGUCCCAGCAACAGCGACCACUCCAAAGAGCAAGGAUUCGGGCAGAUGGAUGAGCUUCAGCUGGAGGAUUUGGGUGAGGAUGAGCUGCAUUUCGAGGAUGCCAGCGAGGAGCUGGGCCCGUCGGAAGAAGUUAUCGAGCUGAGUGAUGACAGCGAAGAAGAGCUGGCCUUUGAGAACGACAGCCGGGACAGCAAGGCCAUGCCCUGCCAGGUCUGCAAGAAGGUCCUGGAGCCCAACAUCCAGUUGAUCCGCCAACACGCCAGGGACCACGUGGAUCUGCUCACGGGGAACUGCAAGGUCUGCGAAACCCACUUCCAGGACCGGAACUCCAGGGUGACUCACGUCUUGUCCCACAUCGGCAUCUUCCUCUUCUCCUGCGACAUGUGCGAGACCAAGUUCUUCACCCAGUGGCAGCUGACCCUCCACCGGCGAGAAGGGGUCUUUGACAACAACGUCAUUGUCCACCCCAGCGACCCUCUGCCCGGGAAGGUCACCGUGUUUGGGGGAGGGCCCGGCUCGGAGCUGGCGUGCGCUGCCUGCGGGAAGCCCUUGGCCAAAGAUUUCCACACCGUCCGCAACCACAUCCUGGACCACGUCAACCUGAAAAGCCAGACGUGCGGCGUGUGCGACCAGCGGCACCUCAGCCUCUGCAGCCUGAUGUGGCACACCCUGUCUCACCUGGGCAUCUCCGUCUUCUCCUGCUCCGUCUGUGCCAACAGCUUCGUGGAUCGGCACCUCCUGGAGAAGCACUUGGCCGUUCACCAGAACGUGGAAGAAGCUCUUUUCCGUUGCCACUUCUGCGGCCAGAGCUUCAAGCUGGAAGCGGCGUAUCGUUACCACGUCAGCCAGCACAAAUGUGGGGGCAGCUUGGAGAUCCGACCCGGUUUCGGGGACCGUCUCCAGCAGCAGGGCCUACAGAAGAGGAAGCUGCCGGAGGAGUUCCUGAGCGAAGACUUGGCGCUGCAGAACCAGCCGGGCAACAGCAAGUACAGCUGCAAGGUGUGUGGGAAGAGGUUUGCCCACACCAGUGAGUUCAACUACCACCGGAGGAUCCACACUGGGGAGAAGCCCUACCAGUGCAAGGUGUGCCACAAGUUCUUCCGCGGCCGCUCCACCAUCAAGUGCCACCUGCGGACGCACUCGGGGGCCCUCAUGUACCGCUGCACCGUCUGCGGGCACUACAGCUCCACGCUCAACCUCAUGAGCAAGCACAUAGGGGUCCACAAAGGCAGCCUCCCCCCGGACUUCACCAUCGAACAGACUUUCAUGUACAUCAUCCAUUCCAAAGACGCGGAGAAAAACACGGACAGCUGAUGGGGGCGAGGCGGGGCAGGGCCAGGAAAAGGAGCAAGCGCUGAUUGCGGAAGCUGUGGAAAAAAAAAAAGUCAUUUAUUUUAUUUAAUGGUCAGGCAUCAUGGGUGGAAUCCUCCUUUUCUAAUUUUUUUUUUUUUAAUGUUUUUGGGGUUAUUUUUUUUGGCCUUGCUAGGGCUUUUUAGAUUGGUGACAUUGUACAAAUGAACGGCACGUGAGCUACGUCACUGUUUCCAAGAAGUCUGUCGUGUUUACUUACCUCUGGUCCUGUUAGAGGCCAUCGAGUUCUGUGUUUUUAGCGUUUCUCACUAGGUUUUGAAUCUAGAUUUUUUAUUUUUUUUUUUUAAUAACCUUUUAGCCCACUUGACUAGGCUAACCCUCAGUUUGAGCUUGUCCACAAACUGAUGCUGCUAAGAUUUUUCACACCUGACCUCAGUAGAGAGGGACGGAGCCAGAGCAGGAUGGUGCUGGACUUGAAGAAAAGGAGAGAAAAAAAGAAAAAGAAAGAAAAAAAGAAAAAAAAAAAAAAAGACUCAUUCUGGGCAUCACUGGGGUUCUGCUGCUAUUGCAGGGAGAUAAGCAAAGUCCGUGUCACCAAAUGGGCCUUGAAGUCGUUGGUCCCUUGCAGGGAGACGAGCCACGGCGUGUGAGCGCGCUCGUGCCAGCGAGGAUGGAGACCUGGUGGGUGAAGGAAAGGGAUUGUCACCCUCACGGGCAGUUCCUGGGCCCUGGUCCGAGCAGGGAGCAGGGCUGGUGGCUUCUCUGCUGUGCCCACGGCUUCUUGCUUGUGCCACCAGCUCCCUGAGGAGCCCGAGCGGCGCCGGAGGGAAGAGGCGGCUGCGUGAGGUCUCUCGGAGGAGUCGCUGAACCGGAGAGGGCAGGGGCAGCGGGUUCCUGCUGUGGGAUGGGCUGCUCCUCGGGAGAUAUUCCGUGGUGGCACGGUCACACCUGACUUCUGCCAGUCCACAGCUGGCCACCGAGAGGGUGCCCAUGUCGCCACCGCUCUCCUCCGCCGGCGCCGCGCGUCCCGGGGCUGCCGACGUGCCGGAUGCCAGAGAGCGGCGUCGCCGCCGCCGUGCGGGCCCCGGCAUCGAGACGUGAUGAAGCUUUGCCUUAACUCCCAGGAAGGUACCUUUGAGGACUCUUCUCUCCACCGAAGGGACAGCCCCCUCCUGCUGCCCCCCCCCCACCGUGGAUCACCCUGUCCCAGACUUGUCUCGUGGCAAACGUGCGGCGCAGGAUGUUGUCGGUGCGACGUGAGUUGGUUCAUCUCUGGUUGGAUGGGGCUGUAGCUUCAAGUAGGGGGCUGUGGGGGCUGGUGGGAGCCUCAGCUUGACCCCUCCAUCUUGGACACGGGCUGGGGACCCUCCUCAGUUCGGGGGGCUCUCCUUGGCCGCGCUGGCGAGGUCAGCCCCGUGCCGGCAGUGUUUACACCGAGAAGGGUGGGGAUGGGCUUUUUCCCAUGUUAUCCUGCUGUGGGGCAGAGGUGGAGAGGAACAAAUAUUUCCGAUGCCGCAGCGUGAGUUAUGGCUGCCCUUAGGUAACUUCAUUCUACCUCACAAAACAGGAAGCGCUCGGGGCUUUUCAAGCCGCCGUCGCGGUCGUAGUCACUCGGCUCCUGCGCUUCUGUAAACGAUGUGCUGUUACAAAACAAAAAAAAAACUAGUGAUUUGCAAACCCUGUGAACCCGUCCUGCUUUCCCUUCCUCUCGGAGGGAGCGGCGGAGGAGCGGCCUGGGCUGGGUGGGUGGUGGGUGAGCUUGGAAUUCCUGGGGGGGUUGCUCCCCUGUGGCCUUGGGCAAGUCACUUGGCCUCUUUGCCUCAGUUUCCUCAUCUGUAAAAUGAGGGUGGUGACACUUGUGGUACCUACCUACCUCCCGGGAGCGUGGCGGAGUCGCUGGCUGGUGCCUGCGAAGCGCGUGGGGGACGCGGAGCGCUCGGUGAACGCUGACCCUCCGCGUCCCAGGGGACCCGCAGCCCCCAUCCUCCCCUGCUCUGUGCCAGUUCCUCGGCCUGGCCCACUCGGGGUCACUCCUCUUAUCACCUCCCCGGCGAAAGCAAACCCCCUCUUUAGCCCUGGCCCACUCGGGGUCACUCCUCUUAUCACCUCCCCGCCGAAAGCAACCCCCCCCCUUUAGCCCUGUCCCCCUCGCAGCCCUGUGAAACCAGCCCUGGAGCAAUAUAAGAAGUGGGGAGGGUUUUGGGGGGCAGGAAUGUGGGUGCUGGUGGGGGGGCAGCGGCGCUGGGAUGUCUCCUGGGGUUUGGGGAGCACGGGGACGUUGGCCGGGAGUGAGAGGAAGGACUUCCCAUCCUGGGAGAGAGGAGUUGGAGGGUGUGGAGUUGUGGGGCAGCUGGAAGGCCCUGCCCCUCAGCUCCAUCCAUCCUUUCGUCCCUGUAAAAGCCGCGUUUCCACCGUGGCAGCUCUGGGUCCAUCCCCACUGCGACGGGGGAUGAGAUGGGUCGGUGUGGAGCCAUGUCCCCCCCAGGCCGUGCUGAGGCCUGCCUGGCCCUGACGACCCUUCCCAGAUGGCUCCUUUGUCCUGACCGUGUCCCCCCCUCCCCAAGUCACCCCAUGGACCCACGGCGCCCGAGUCCAACCCCGCUGCUCGGAGAUGGGGAGGGAGGGAUGGACCUUGCUGAGGAGGAAGGAGAGGAUGGAUGGCUGAGGCCAUCGGGAGUUUGUGUCAUUUCCCCAGGCCCCGUGGCAUUGGCCAAGUUUGGGGGUGGCUGAUGGUGUUAAACUGGGUUUGUCCUGGUUUUGGUGCCCGUUUCAGAGGUGGGGAGGCACCGAGGUGAUCCCAGACCCUGGGGCUGGGCCGUGUCCACCACUGGAGCUCUGGUUUCCAAACCCCCUGGUACCAGUCGGCUGCUGGGCCACGGCCUGUGGUCGCUGCCUGGUCUGCGGGGCCGUGUUUAGCCUGAUGGUGUUAAGUUUAAAAAUAUAUCUAUAGCAUUUUGAGAACGUGUGGCACUCUAGAAAAGUGUGGGAGGUGGUGGCAAGUCAGUGGAGGCUCCUCUGAGGAGCUCGUGGAGUUGUCCCAGGGGUGGCUGGUGGAGAGGAGGGGAUGGGACCUGCUCUGGAGAUGAUUGCUAUGAAGGAUGCGAGGGGGGCAACAAGGCUCGGGAGAGCCACCUCGAGCCCCUCCUAAAAUGCCCCAGAAGCUUUGAUGAGCUUUUGGGUGGGUUUGGGUGCUGCUGCGCGGAAGCGUCUUGCAGCCCCGUGUCUAGAUAAGCUGUGAAGCAAAAAGCCUUUUGUGCACAUAAACCAAAAAAAAAGAGAAGCUUUUACACUGAAACACUAACCGGGCAAAGCAAGCCCACCCUUCUGGACACAGGGACGGGGAAAGCAAAAGCCCACCCCGUUUUCUGGGCCGGGGCAGCGCUCGGGUCCCCGGCGUUUCUGCGUCUCGGAUACUUUCCUGUGUUAAAAUGAGUUAUUCCCACAUGAAACACCCUGAGAUCAGAUCCCAUCUCCUGGGGGGAAGCCGGAUCCGCAGUGCUCCUGCUCAGAGGGGGUUUCCCAGGAGGGGUCAGAGACCUGUGACCCCCCCCUUCUCCCCCGGCCGGUCCUGGGCCUCCCCAGGGCUCUGUGUCCCCGUCCCCUCGGCUGUCCCCGAGCCUGGGGAGCUCCUUGGUCCCCUGGGAAGCUGUGUGGAUGGAGCGAGGGGGGCUUGGUGAAGCCCCCCACCCCCAGGCUGUGUGUCCCCAAGGGGCCGUAGCUGUGUCACGGUGGAGGCACCCGGUGAUGGCCGGGGAGCUCCGGGCCUGCGGCGUGGGGCUGUGUGUGCCGGGGGGGCAGCCCCACACCAGGGGCCAAGCAUCAUUUGUGGCAUCAGGGGGACUGGGGCCGAUGCUCUGUGCCCAAAUCUGCCCCCACUCUGCUGUGGGGUGGCCCUUGGCUUGUGUCCCCCCCCCCACCCCGGCCACACUGUCCCUCCAUGACCAUGGGGACGACACUUACCUACCUCGCCCGGGGCAGCCGCCAGGUUUAACUCGUGUCUGCAAAGUGCUUUGGGAUCCUGGGGGGGGGCACAGGAGGGGAAGGGGCUCCCCCCGGGAGCGUUGGAAAAGAGCGUUGGGGUCGCAGGUCCCCGCACGAAACCCUGGCACAAAAUUCCCCCCCCAAAAAGGCAGCGCUUCGAGUCUUGCUCCCCAUUUCUAAAACAACAAAUUUCAGUUUGGUUCUCCCCCCUUCUCAAAGGAUCCAGGUCUCGUAUCAGAAUAAUUAAGCAGAAGAAAGAAAGAAAAAAGAGUUGAAUUGCUGUCUAACCUUUUCGUUAAGUUAAUAGUAGGUACUGACCUCCUGAUAUUUAAGUGUUUACUAUCUAUUUGCUGUAAAGUUUUGUAUAUUUUGUAAACUUUCCCCCCCAAAUAGUAGAUGUCUAAAAUCGUUGUACAUCGGGUUCUUUUAUACUCCAUUGUUCAGCACAAAGUGUGGUUUUUAUUUAGAAUAAUAAAAUGGAAAACGUUGA